UCACAUACGCAUAGACAAGAGUGCAAGCCUUUCACCAUGGCGUGCAGAAACACACUGUCCUCCGUUGCCUUCCUCGGGGUUUUGCUGCUCUCAUGCAGUUACAUGAGCAGCGCAGCACGUCACCUGGAGGAAGCCAUGCCCAAGGAGAAGGAGGAGCACCCACCACAUCCCAUUGCGCCGGAGCUGCCAAAGCCCGAACUCCCACCACACCCUGUUGUACCCGAGCUGCCAAAGCCUGAACUUCCUCACCCUGUCGUCCCAAAGGAGCCCGAAGUGCCGCACCACGCAGUACCGGAGAUGCCAAAGGAGCCUGAAGUGCCGCACCCUUCUGUGCCGGAGCUACCGAAGCCCGAGUUGCCGCCACACCCUGCAAUGCCCGAGCUGCCGAAACCUGAGCUACCUCAUCCAGUUGUCCCUGUGGUGCCAAAGGAGCACGAAGUCCCACACCCUGUCGUACCAGAGGCACCAAAGGAGCACGAAGUGCCCCAUCCUGCUGUGCCUGAGCUGCCAAAGCCGGAAAUUCCACAUCCUACCGUGCCAGAGGUGCACCCUGCUGUGUCAAAGAUGCCGGAAUUUCCGCACCCCACCAUGCCGGAGUUUCCAAAGCAUGAACUGCCACCAUUCCCAAAAUCCGAGCUGCCCCCGAAGCCUGAGUUCCACUUUCCAGAGCCAGAGGCCAAGCCAUGAUCGGACUACCUACAUCAUCAGCGAGUUAUCUAUGUUUUAUGCGUAUACGAGAUGCAUGUGUCAUGUGUGUGAUUGUUAUGUAAAAGUGUGUAUUGUACAUGUCGUUAUCCUGCGCUCGAGCUCGUGAGACGAGCUGGCUCUCUCAUGCAUUAGCAAGGAGCUAGCGCUAUGUAUUGUGUUGGAGCGGUGUCGCAUGUUACAGCUGCUCGAUCUGUUCUUUAUAUAUAUAUGUAUAUAUGUGAUACACGAUGCAUAUGCAUUGUAUAUACAUGAGUGUGUACUGUAAAUGUUUUAUUUUGGAGUUUUAUACUUGACAUUAUGUUUGGA